AUGGACAACAAUUUCGCUAUUUCUGACCAACAGGUCUUGACCGAAGUCACAGCCUUUCUAACCCAAGGGACUACAAAUCAAAAGAAACAACUGUACAAAUUCCUUCGAGACCAACCAAGAUAUGUGCCACUCGAUUCUCUUCUCUCCGAGAAAGAACUGCCUCUCAAACUCAAACUCAUAGAAGAGCUUCACGGGCGUCUAGGGGAGGACUUUAGUACAUCUGAGGAGCCAUUUCACUUUUCCAACAUCCAGAUAGCAGCUCUCUCCCUGAUGUCUAUUGAGACUCUGCAGGAUCUUCGUCAAGAUGCUACAUCUAUCAUGAGUGUUUCGGUUCCCCAUUAUCAACUAUCUCUUUUGGUCAAUGGGAACCCCCCACCAUGUAAAGACAUAUUCGUGUCGAGGGCAGUAAAUGAAACGUGGCUUCUUAGAGAUGAUAUAGUCUGCCCCUUGACUGGUUUAGUAGAAGCAGAACCCUACUAUAUUGCUCCUUCUCACCUUACCAAAGGCCAGAUGAAUAUCGCUGCCUUUACAGAUUCGACAUUUUUGAGUCAAUUGAUGGGAGAUGUUUGGGUGCAGAUUAGCCGCAUUAUGGCUAUUGAUUCUAUCGGUGCUUUUGAGAAAAGUUGGAACAUACUUUAUUUGCACCCGAUCAGGGGUUUAUAUUGGUCCCAAUGUCUAUUCGGCCUAAAGUAUCUCGAAAUGGUCACCAAUAGCGAUGGAAGCACUGUUGUUCAGAUCCAAUUUCACCGGAUGCCGAAAAACAAGGUCAUGUCCCGUCAGAGAGUCAAACCGCCUUACGAUAGCGCCAUCGAUGCUAUGCUGCAAAUUGCUGUUGUUACAGACGAGGAAAGUCAUUUCGGCCAUUACCUAAAAUCAGGGACAUCUUUCGGGGUUACACUCAACAGUAAGGAAGAGGCCCUCAAAAUGAAGGCGGCCCUUGAACUUCAGUGGCUGGCCGUUAGACUUGCGGCCAUGUCUGGUAUCACUAAAGGUUGGGGAUGGGAACGCGAAUGA